AUGAAAGACUUGGGUACAUUGAGCUAUUUUUUGGUAAUUGCCGUCACUCCUAUUACAAAUGGCUUAUUUUUGUCUCAAAGAAAGUACGCACAGGAUAUUCUGGAAAAUGCAGGAAUGUCGCAGUGUAAAUCAUGUCCUACUCCAGUCGACACGAAAGGGAAAUUGAGCUCAAAGUCCGACACCCCCUUCGAUGAUCCGACUACUUAUAGGCGUUUGUGUGGCGCUUUGCAGUACUUGACAUUCACUAGGCCUGACAUUUCCUAUGUUGUUCAGCAAGUUUGUCUAUUCAUGCAUGCUCCCAUGACAGAACAUAUGGAGGCUCUUAAAUGGAUUCUCCGUUAUAUUCAAGGUACGAUUGACUUUGGUAUGCAUUUUUACAAGUCUUCGAUUCAAUCUAUCUUGUCUUAUACGGAUGUAGACUGGGGUGGGUGUCCAGAUACUCGUCGAUCCACAUCCGGUUACUGCGUUUUUCUUGGGGAUAACUUAAUUUCAUGGUCAUCUAAACGUCAACCCACUUUAUCCAAAUCAAGUGCCGAAGCCGAAUACCAAGGGGUUGCAAAUGUUGUAUCUGAAUCGUGUUGGGUUCGAAAUUUACUCCUUGAGCUACAUUGUCCGAUUUCAAAAGCUACUUUGGUUUACUGUGACAAUGUCAGCGCCAUCUAUCUUUCCGGCAAUCCAGUUCAUCAUCAACGAACCAAUCACAUUGAGAUGGAUAUUCACUUCGUUCGUGAGAAAGUCUAA